AUGGAAACAAACUCAGUUUUUCAAUUAUUGCCAAUUGAAAUACGUCAAGAAAUAUUUAAAAAUCUCAACAGAGCGUCAUUAUUCAAAUGUCUAUUCGUCGAUCGGCAAUGGUGCCGCGAAAUCGUGCCUAUUCUUUGGGAAAAACCAUUGUCAGUUCCAACUCAAAAAGACGGAGUUUAUUAUCCUUUGGCAUCUCAAAGAAAGAUAUUAUCCGUAAAGUUUACAAAAAUUAUAAAUGUGUAUGUCAGUCUUUUUUCCAACGAAAUAUGGCAGUCUCUUCAUAAAAAUAAAAUUAGCCGACCACGUACCGCACGAACUCCAACAUUCAACUAUGUUUCGUAUUUAAGGCACUAUGAACCAUACACAGUUUCAGUAGCAGCGGGAGUAUGGUUAAAACAAAAGUUGAUUACUCCGACGGAUAAACAACUGCAAAAACGUAAUGUAUUGACUGAAGCGUUAUGCAACCUAUUUCUUACCGAGGCAAAGGCUCUCAAAUCAUUCUAUUAUAACUUGAGCGAAGAUGUUGAUAUUUUCAGCUUGAUUUCUCGCGGAUGUCCACCAAGUUUGAUUUUUAACAAUCUCAAGGAAUUAAGAAUAUCUGAAAUAACGAAUGAAAUAGAGCUUCAAAAUUUCUUUGAAAGUUUCACUAAUAUUUGCCACUCAAUUCGUGGCAUUACUCUUGAUGUAGAUCCAGCAGUUAGAUACAGUCAGAAAAUAAUUGAAAUUUCCGAUGGUGAUAAAUUUAAAAACGUAAUGAAGACUCAAAAUGGGCUCGAAUGGCUAGAAUUAAGGUUUUUAAGUUUGUUAUCUGUCACUGCUAUCAGAUCUAUCAUUGGAGGCCUUCAAUAUUCAUCUCGCACAUUCAGAGCCAUCAGCUUUUACAAGAUUAACUUUUAUACAUUCCCGAUGAUCGAAGGUUUAAGUUCUUGCGUAAAUCUUUUCUGUCUGGAUUUUCGUGAAUGUAAUGGGUUCGAUCAAUCGUGGAAUAAAACUGCGAAGCAUUUUACGAAAUUAGGAUUUUUAGCGAUUGAAGGACCCUUCUAUGAAGCGCCAAUAAGUUUCAUUGAGCAAGUAAUUGAAACAAGUGGUGAUAAUCUCCAGUUUCUUUUAAUUCAAGAUAUACAUACUUUUCCUAAACGACAAUUCAUGAUUACAAAGCUAUUGCCUUCUAUACUUAUGCACUGCCACAAUUUACGAGCUAUAAGUUUAGGGAAAUUAAACUCGGAGCAACUUUUCUCUAUAAAAGAAUCUUGUCCAAACCUCGAGCAUAUCGAUUUCUAUAUGCCAAAAUUCAAUGAAACAAUGACUAGUUCGGGGCCUUUACUUCCACAAAUCAAUUCUCUGACAAUUUAUAGUGAUUCAUAUUAUGAUUUAUAUACAAAAUUGGAGGCUAUGGAAGCCAUUUGUGGUUACAUAAAGUGUAUUUCCCUCUUUGUCUUUAAUGACUACUCUAGUCAUCUUGAAUCUCGGAUCGAAAGUUACGGGAUCAAUAUUACUAAAAAAACUUUUCAUGAUAGCAAGGAUUUAUCCAAGAUACUUUCCGAAAUUUUAAAUGAAUUGAUACCAUGA